UUUAUCCCCGCCUCUUUCUCCUCCUGCCAAACCCGAGCAGGGCGCACCAAAGAACCCACGCGCCAUGGCUUCCACCGCCCUCUCCUCCGCCUCCUUUCCCCGCCUCACCGUCUCCACCGCCUCCUCCUCCUCGCUCCCCAAGGCGGUUGCCUUCCCCGCCCGCGGACGCGGCGGCCGCUUCGCCGUCGCCUGCACCUCGACGGCCUCCCCGAAGGUGCUCGAGCUCGGGGACGCCAUCGCGGGGCUCACCCUCGAGGAGGCGCGGGGCCUCGUGGACCACCUGCAGGAGCGUCUGGGCGUCACCGCAGCCGCGUUCGCCCCUGCGGCCGUGGUCCCCGCGCCAGGCGCCGGCGCGGCGGGCGGCGAGGAGGCCGCGGCGCCCGUGGAGAAGACGGAGUUCGACGUGGUGAUCGAGGAGGUGCCCAGCAGCGCGCGCAUCGCGACCAUCAAGGUGGUGCGCGCGCUCACGAACCUCGCGCUCAAGGAGGCCAAGGACCUCAUCGAGGGCCUGCCCAAGAAGCUCAAGGAGGCCGUGAGCAAGGACGAGGCCGAGGACGCCAAGAAGCAGCUCGAGGAGGUCGGCGCCAAGGUGUCCAUCGCCUGAGAUGCACGCAAGCACCAGCUAAUUACACUAGGACUGCUUCUCUUUUACGCCCCAAGUUUUUCUUGGCAAUUACUCACACAAUUUUGCGUCCCUUGUUCCUGUAAGAACUGUACUACUACCGUGUUGUUUCAGUACGACGGCAUUACCUUUUGGUACGUGCUUACGGGUGGGUAUUUGACAAUUUGGCGAGUUA